AGUAAACAAACAUUCCCCUAUGAUUCGCCUUUGUUUUCCAACAUUAGUAUACAUAACAAAUAAAAUAACCUUAAAAUCCGGAAAACUUGAUCUUAAAUUUUCUCAAACAAACCACCUGAAAGAAGAUCAAUAAAUCUCUAACACCUCCUACAAUGCGCAUGGAAAGAGAAAACAACCCCCUGUUACAUCGCACCCCCUGUGUAGAGUGGUUAUCUUCAAUGAACCUCAAUCUAAUCAAUAAAAGAUGUAACUUCAAAACGUUUACAUUUUCAAUUUCUCAAAAGAUAUCAAGUGGAGGAAAAUUAAUAUGCAUUAUUUCGGGUGUGAAUUAGUAAUUUGAAUUAGGGUGAAUAAUUAUUUUUUUUAAAUUGACCAAAAUAUUUAAAAUGCAAACUUUGAGGAAGAAAACAAGCCCCUUUAAAUACAAGCACGAUACCUCAAGGUUUGGAGGAGAGGGGCAGUGUUUUAAAGCUAAGUUGAUAGGAAUAUUGGAAGUAUCUGAGGCAAGGGGAGACAGAAUGUGCCAAGAAGCCCUUUCAGAUCUUAAAAUGGCUAUUAGAGCCGCUGGUGAACAUAAGCAGAGGAUAACUGUUCACAUAGCAUUAGAUGGUUUGAGAUUAAGAGAUGAAAAAACAGGUGACUGUUUGUAUCAUCAUCCAGUACACAAAAUUUCAUUCAUUGCCCAAGAUAUGACAGAUUCUAGAGCUUUUGGAUAUAUUUUUGGGUCCCCAGAUACUGGUCAUAGAUUUUUUGGAAUUAAGACUGAUAAGGCUGCUAGUCAGGUCGUCAUAGCAAUGAGGGAUCUUUUUCAAGUUGUUUUUGCACUGAAGAGAAAAGAAAUAGAAUUGGCUAAACAACAUUUAGAGAAAAACUGCUUGUAUAAUUCACCAUUAUUCUCUGAUAGUUCAAGUAAUAAGAGUGUAACUCCAGAACUUCCUGCAAAAUACGAAGCUAUAAAAGGUGACAGCAAAACAGCAUCCAAUUCCGUAGAGUCAAAAAUGAGUGGUACUGCUGUUGCAAAUCUAGUCGAUCUGCAAUUAGAACUCAACAGCUUACAACAGGGACUCAAUCAAAUGGAAAAAAUCACUCCUUCUGAACCCUUCGGCUCUAAAGAUGAUCCUUUCGGCGAUAGUUUCACUUCUUUCCCAAAUCCAAUUCUACCUCCACCUCCAUCGUCUGGUAAGGAAAGGGGCUCUCGAACGUCAGACUCCAGUAAUUUAUUCAGUCCCAAGACACCUCAUACUGGAGACAGUUUGGCAACAUCAAGUGGACUAGACACUUAUUCUUUUCAGAGUAUGCCAGCAGCUGAUUUCAAAUUCUCCAGAGAUUUUAGUAGUAGCCAUGAAGAACCCAGUAGCGGGGAAUGGUUUACCCCUUCCAACAGCUUGUUCGAAGAAACAACAUUACUAUCAGACACAGCACAGAAGACAGCUAAAGAUGAGAAACUCGAACAAACCAAAAAAGAAAUAUUAUCGCAAUUUGAUGUUUUUACCGAUUUAGAUCCACUGGGUACAGGUAGAAGUAAGCCCUAUAUUGAUAAGAAACAUUUCUUUCAAGAGCUCAAAAACCCACCAAAAAAAGUACUCAACGAUUUGGUCCAACAGACCGAGAGCAAAGAAAAAGGCUCUAAAUUGGCUAAUCUGAGCACCACACCGAAAAGUUUGAGCGAUUUCGAAACAGAUCCUUUUGGUGAAGACCCGUUCGUAUCUUUAGAUCCUUUUGCUGAGACCGAAUUUAAGCAGGAUCCCUUCGAAAAAGAUUUCAAUGAGUACAAGAAAAACAAGAUAGACGUUGGGUUUCUGUCAAGACCCCUUUCGAAGUCUCCCAACACCACAGCUCUGAGCAGUUUGUCAUUGACCGGUGGAUCUUUUAAGAAUGUGCAGUUUAAAGAUAGUGUAGAAGGUGGUGAAGUUAAGGAUGAAACUGCUCCAGAGCCUCCUCCACGACCAGACACUGCUCUAUUGCAGAUUAAACCACCUCCUCUGCCUCCAAAGAAACAGGCCAAUGAUUUGUUGGUUAAACCACCACCCAGACCACCACACAUUGAGGAUUCUUUGUAUGGUUACCUGGACAACAACUAUGCUACGGUGCCUAGUGUCUAUACUUCUUCUAUAGUUGUGGAGAGAAGCCCAGCGUUACCUAUACCUAUGCGCAAGUCAAGAUUUGACAGUGACUCUAUAGCACCAGAGAGACCAGUUAAAGGAGGGAUUAGUCAAAGCUUCGAAGAUGAUUACCUCACACCGAUACAGUUUUCCAAGCCAGGAGAGUACAACGCUGCAGGUGGAGCUCUUCUUUUACCAUCAACGAACUUGAAUAAGUCACCUAUCAAUACUCAAAACAUUACUGUGACAUCUAACUUGAACAGUCGAAUGAAAGAACAAAGUAACAUACCUGAUAGUCUGAGUAACAGUCUAGACGGAUUGGACAUAACCUUGAGUCAGUUGACCUUGAGCGGUUUGAACGAAUUGGCUGUCAAACUGAAUAUACCUACGUCCCAAUUGAGCAACAUGACUUUGGUACAAUUGACCGAAUACUUGUCUAAUGUGAUAAAAGCGAAGUCAGAAGAGAAAGAAGCCGAGGAAGAUAAGCAGAAGGAGGAGGUUUUAGAGUUCCCCGCCUUCCAAGCUGACUUUGAGACGAAUUUCGAUGGUGCUAAGCCUGUCAGUGGUGGGGAGAGCUACGACAGGUACGCGGUGUUCAGGGAAUUAAUAAAUGAAGAGAUUAAACAGACCAAGAUAGACACUGAACCUCAGGAGUUCAAGGAAGUGGAGGUAGAGAAACCGAUUGUCUUUCCUCCAAUGGAGAUCCAGUCGCCUAUGACUGAGACCAAAACAGCUGAAGAUAGGUACGCCGCCUUGAGGGAGAUAGUGGAGGAGGAACUGAUGAAGACGGAGAACAAAAUAAUUGAAGAGUCGCCUUUGGAAGAGAAUGAUGUGGAGCAGAGUGAGAAGAAUACUUCUAUCGUGCAGAGUGAUGGUAAAAAGGAUAAAGAGGGCAAUGAGUCUUCGGAGUUGAAGGUGGACGGCAGUCUGAAAGAUGGGAGAUUGAGUCCGCCCAAGUCACCCUCUAAGUUCCUUUCAAAGAGUCCGAUUUCCAACGUGAUCACUGAGAUUAUACAGACCACAAGAUUGAACUCGGGAUCUUUGUCCGAUAUCAUUAGUGGGAGUUCACCGGAAGUGGACAAUAUGAUGGAGAGCUCUGAGGCUGGGAACAAGCAGAUUGAAGCUACUGGAGAGAGUUGGGCCAUUUUCGACCAAACGAACACCCCGCAGGAGUCUGUCAGGGAGAAGCAGGCGGUGCAGAGUGAGGAGGGGCUCUCCUGGUCCAGCGACUCCAAAGAUGGCAACGGUUCCCCUUCCGACUAUAGGAAGGGACCGGACUCGGAGAGCGGCGGCGAUCGGUGGCCGCGCAAGUCAGUCAGGAAGGACCAGGAAGGGUGGUGGGACACGUCUGCGGAGCCGGAAAUGCCGUAUAGCUCAUCGAAUCGACGUUCCACUGAUAGCUACGACGAUGAGUACUACGAGUGCUACGAGAGGCCUAGAAGGAGGAGACAAGGCGGCUGGGGCGCCCACGGUGGUCAGGUGGGCGGGCACUCGUCAAGCUCGAGGGACGUCAGUCCGUGGGAGGAGGAGCCGAAGAGGCGGGAACCUAGGGAGAGCAGAAGUGCUGAGAGGUUAGGCUGGUCCAGGCCUCCCAAGCCACAGCAGUUUGACAGGUAUAGGGAGAGGAGGCCUACGGAUAGCUGGGAUGAAGAGGACGAGUAUGAGUACGACGACCCAAGAAAAUUCCACUGGUCAGAAAAAUACAACAAUAGGGAACCGGACAGGUUCUGCACGGGGGGAAGGGACAUCGACAACGAGCCCCGGACGAGGUGGAACGACGAGGAACGAAGGCGAAGAAGGAGGAGGGAGAGCGAACGGGACCAUCGAUGCUGUCCCGACUGGGAAGAAGAAGAACACGACAAACCUUCAGGCAGGUACAGCAGCUCGGGCAGAUGGUCCAGUGCCAGCACACCACCCGGUCCGGGAAAGUGGAGGGAGAGAAAGCAUGACGACAGGUACUACAGCAGGGAGGAGUCGCCGUGGGAGGACGAGUACCCAUUGGAGAAGGAAGAGGCGCAUCCUCCUCCCCACUACAUGCAGUCGAAGCGCAAUUGGAAACGCCCCAACAGUGCCUCGGAGAUGGAGAGGAAGAUCGGAGAUUUCAAAUCGCGGCAUCUGGCUGGUAGCGACGGUGAGCGUGACAAGCGUUACAAAGGGAACCGUCGCUCCAGAAGCAGAGACUCCCAGUACUCGGAACCGGCAUACAGGCACAAACCUGACACCGGUUCCCUAACCCGGAACAAACCUACUCAUGGCCAAUACGCCAAACCAUCUCAAUUUGAAACAGACUUCGCCGAGCCUAAGAAACAACCAGACAUCGGCCCAAUCUCCGAUCCCAAGAAGACCUUCACCCUGCAGAGCCGCAAGAAGAAGGAGGACCGACCAAAGGCGGAAGAGAACACCAACACCUUCCCCAGGAAGUCUUCGAAGCCUAAACAGGGCUUCGACAACAACUUCGAGGACGGACCGAUGGAGAUCCCGAUGGCUGUCAAGACGGCGAAGCUUAGACAGCAGCUGUCAAUGAUAGAGCUUCAGAGAAAGGUCGGGAAAGACGCGAAGCCACGUCCUUAUCAAGGACGGUCGAAGUCGCUGUUCGAGGACGACUUUUCCAUGGACAAAGUGCCGGAGGACAACUCCAUCUCAGUGAUCAAGGAGGAGUUGACCUGCGAGGAAGGCGAUAGCUUCGAGUUCUCGGUCCAGACCUCCAACAGGCUCAGCAAGAGGUUGUCAGGAGUGUUGAGGGCGGAUCUGAAGAAGUCGGAGUCGGUCAACAUCUUCGGCAGGGAGAACGACCCCUUCGACGACGACUUCUUCUGCGAGGAAGGGGGCGAUGUGCGCAUGUUCGACACUAGUGAUAAAAAAGAUUUAAAAAAUGGUGAUAGUAAAUGGACUGACGACUAGGGGAUUAGGGGUAACUCGAAUCGAUGUUUUCAAAUACCUGAGACUUGUUUUUUAAAAAUAAUAUGGCCGGGCUUCACGAAAUUAUCUUUUGGUGCCUUAGUCUCUUAAUCGGGGAUGGUGUGGAGGUUUCGGUUGCUCUAUUAUUUCUAUUGGUUGGAUCAACGCAAGUCCCUAUCCGCAUUUUGGCGGAACAUUUGGCGUUCUUGCGUUGGCAUCCUUGGAUAUCUGCCAGUUGUCAUCCAUUUGGUUUUCAUUUCAAAUAUUCGUCGAGUUUUUGUACAUUUAUGUUCUAAAUUUCUAUCGAUGCUUUUUUAUUAUUAGUGAGCAGAAAAACUGAACACUCGACGAAUAUUUCUUGAGAAUUGACAAGGCGUUUGAAGUAUUCAAGAAAAUCUUCUUCUGACAUUCUGGUUCCUAAAGUUGUCAUAGUGGUUCAGCAAGUUCGAAUGCUUCUGUCAAGGUCACAAAGUAGUAGAUUGACUUCCGCGGCUGAUAGUUCAUAGCUCGGCUAGGAAUUCAGCUAAGGCAGUCAAUCUAUUUGGCUGCCGAGUUGAACACACAAUUUUUUCCUCUGAUUGUUUAUAAUGAUACAUUUAAGAUAUUGUAUUUCCAAAUGUAUUGAUUAAUUAAAACAAAAAUAAAAACGCAACUGUUAGAAAGAUUAUGGUUGCUAUGGAAAAGUUCAUAAUAAUUAUAGUUUGACAACUUAUGAAAAUAAUCAUUUUGCUGCCUAGGCGAGAAAGUCCUUACUUUGCUGCCUAGUCAGGAAAAGUAAUACUUCAGUCAAUCGGAGAAAAAGAAGUUUUCAGAAGUGUUGUUCCACUAUUUCGCUGUAGGGUACGCAGUAAUGUAACUGAGGUGGCGGUGGGACACAGUAACAAGGCCUACAAGUACACUUGGUUCUCCUUACUCACAUAAGACCUGACCUUGAGAUGGUUUACUGUGGCUAAGGAGUGUUUGGAUACAAAUAAUUAUACAGGGUGCUCCACGGCUAGCUACCGCAUUCAAUUGCCAGAAUGUUAUGUAAUUCAGUUUUUUAAGCUGCAUCUUCCCCAUUUUGCAAAUUUAAGGUCGUCUAGGAUGUUUAGACUAUGUUUGAAAACCUUGACUUUGAGUACAUCACAGAUUAAAAGCAGAGUCCUCCUCUAUGCAAUACUUACCCCACCUUUCUGAAGACGCCUGUUGCAUUAUAGGAGUUUUUUAAAUGUAGGUGCUAGCCGAGGUCCACCUUGUACAUAAACCAAUGAAUUAAUAAAUUAAAUUUGUACUCCAAGAGGGCUGUGGGUAUUAGCAAUAUAAUGAAGUAUCAAGAAUUGCUGUUUCAUGUCCUGUGCAAGGUUUAAGUAGAUAUUAGGAAUGUAGGUAUUUAUUUAAAUGAAAAAAAAAUGAUAAUCGUCAUGAUAUUGAAAAUCCAUAAUUUUUAGCUUUAUCAAUCUUGAGAUAAGAUAAUGAAAUACAACCUCCUGAUAUAAAUCACACCAUACAGUAGAAUAAAAAAAACGGCCACGCCUAAGAAAAGAUAAUUUUUGACCCUACAAUGAACCAAUAGCGAACACUUAGAAACAUUGAAGCUGCAAAAAAAUUUACUUCCUGUUUGCCACUGCUCAUUGAAAAGUAUCCACUUUUAAAAAUGAGUCAGGUUCUACAAUAAACGAACAAGGUAUAGGGGAAAUUUUAAGAACUUUAUUCCAGUCAUAAAUAUACACAUACAAAAUAGCAAUAAUAACUUGUGAACUUAUCAAAUUUUUUAUUAUGCGAAUCCAGUGCAAUCGAACAAGAUUUUAUUCAUUAAUUUUUACUGACUGAUGAUUGUUUUUGUUGAUAUGAUACAACCUUUUUCAAGUGUUGUAAAAGAUCAAAGAUCUUUUACGUCAAAAGUUUUGAGGACAUUCAAUUUCAUUCAAUUGAAAGAAAAUCUUCCAAAAAAUCCACAAAGACCAUGGUUGAAUGAUUUUACUCAAAAAACAAGAGCAAUUCUUAACCGAAGCACUAUAACGAAUCAACAAUAAUUCUCAUUUUUUAUUUAUAAUGUUAUUUAUAAUUUAAAAUACAUAUUUAUUAGAAUUUAAUUGUUUUAUGUAUAUUGUCCAAUUAAAUAAAUUGUUUUCCUAUGA